UGUCUCUUCACUGUGACGGCCGCACUCGACUUCACAUCCCGCAUCACAGCACAAACAACGGCGGGGAGGGCGACACGAUGGCGGCCUGCCUCCGCUGCCGCCGCCGCCUCCCCCUCUCCCCUCCGGCGGCGCCGCUGGAAGACGACGGCCUGCUCUCUGAGAACCUCCUCCGCCUCCCCCCGCAGCCCUCCUCCCUCCCGCGCGCCUCCGCCGUCUGCAGCCGCCUCCUCUCCGACCCCGCCUUCCGCCGCCGCUUCCGCAUCCACCACCGCGGCAGCGCUCUCCUCCUCGGCUCCUUCAUCCAUUACCCCGGAAUCACCUUCCAGCCAGCGCCCGACGCCCCCGACCGCCUCCCCCUCGAGCAAUUCCGCCUGAAGCUCGACGACCACUACAUCGCCCUCGGAUGCCGCCAUGGCCUCGCGCUCUUCUUCCUCCCGAUCCGGCUCCAGGUGCUCGUGUGGGACCCCCUCGCCGGCCACCAGCUCCGCCUGGCCGUUCCCCCGGAUUUCGAGUUCCAGGGGGCCAAGGGUGAUAUCAGCGGGGCGGUGCUUCGCGCCGCCGGAGACGUCGACCACUUCCGGGUGGUCCUGGUAGGCUGCGACGGGGAGCAGCCUAGAACCGCGCUCGCCUGCGUUUACUCGUCGGAGACCGGCGUAUGGGGUGGUUGCGUCUCAACGCCGAUUCCAUCCGAGGGUUUGUUCAUUUUCAGGGGCGAGCCCGCUAUGUUGGCAGGGGAUCGCCUUCACUGGUCUGUUACCGUGGCAGGAUCAAGAGGUAUCCUGAAGUUUGAUUUGGAUAGGCAGAGCCUAGAUCUGAGUUUGCUGCCAGGGGAUUAUUACACCCCGCUCAGUCCCGAAUUCACUGUUGUGCGAGCAGAGGGUGGCCGGAUGGGUUUCCUGUUCUUACACCGAUUUAUCGCCGAAUUGUGGAGUACGAAGCGCAAUCGUGACGGUGUCGAAAUAUGGACGCCAGGAAGAAGUAUUGAACUGGACAAGUUACUUGGGCUAAAUUCAGAGAAAGAGCCCCCACAGAUGAUAGGGUAUGCGGAGGAAAACAAUGCGGUGUUCUUCAGGGCAGCUGACGCUGACUACAUGGUCCAUCUUGAGUCAUUGCAGUUCAACAAACUCCCCAAGACAACCGUCGGUUCUUACUAUCAUCCAUUCGAAACUGUCCAUACUCCAGAGCCUGGAUCUGAGCUUGCUGCCAGGGGAUUAUUGCCUUCACUGGUUGUGCGAGCAGAGGGUGGUGGGAAGGGUUUCCUGUUCUUAUACCGAUUUACCGCCGAAUUAUGGAGUACGAAGCGCAAUCGCGACGGUGUCGAAAUAUGGGCGCCAGGAAGAAGUAUUGAACUGGACAAGUUACUUGGGCUGAAUUCAGAGAAAGAGCCCCCACAGAUGAUAGGGUAUGCGGAGGAAAACAAUGCGGUGUUAUUCAGGACAGUUGACGCUGACUACAUGGUCCAUCUUGAGUCACUGCAGUUCAACAAACUCCCCAAGACAACCGUCGGUUCUUACUAUCAUCCAUUCGAAACUGUCCAUACUCCAGUGCCCAGUCUUCGAUGGAGAAUCAAAUUUUGGCUGUGCCCCCUUUACAACUGCAACUUCGGAUGCCAUAUCCCCCAUUAGUGGCCUGUGUUUGUGUUGAUUGUGUUAUAUUAUAACUGGUCAGCGGCAUGAGGCUUGGAGUGUGCUUCUAUAACCACUUUGUACAGGACUUGUGAAGACUCAUUUGUAGGUGCUCUCGCCAUGCGCCUUGGUUGUGUUACUAAAUAUAAUAUGGUUGUCAAGACAUAUUUGUGUACCUAUGAAAGUGAUGGAUGUAAUAUUAUGCAAAGAUGUGUGUUCUUAUGGCCCUGCUCAUCAGAUUUUCCAUAUGUAUGUAAGUUUUUUUUUGGCAUUUAUAUAUGUAUAUAAGGUUUGGUUGAA